AGAAGGGCCGAGCCGGGGCCUGGCGAGCGCACGGUGAGCCCUGGGCUGGGCCCUGCCGAGCCACGGGGCCGGGGUUUUUACCUUGGUGAAGAUAUAUUGGACAACUGUUGGCUUGAAAGCUGCUUUUAGGAUGUUUGAAGAUGAGGAAAAAGUUAAACUCCGCCGAAUCGAACCUGCAAUUCAGAAAUUCAUUAAAGUGGCAAUUCCAACAGAUUUGGAAAGGUUAAGAAAACACCAAAUAAAUAUUGAGAAGUAUCAGAGAUGCAGGCUCUGGGACAGACUGCACGAAGAGCACAUCAACGCAGGACGAACAGUUCAGCAGCUCCGUGCCAACAUGCGCGAGAUGGAGAAGUUGUGUUUGCGAGUGCGGCAGGAAGACAUCCCAGUUCUGCAGAGAAUGAUAAACCCCAUUAAAGAGGAAGCUUCAGUUGCCAUUAAGGACUUCCUGCAGCUGCAUUCUGAAUCUGCAGAAGAACUUAAAAGGCAACUCAAAGGACAGGAGGAUGCCUCUUUAACCAGAUCUGCAACUCUAGGAGAAGAAACUUUAUAUAACACAGAAGUGAAGGAUGGCUCCCAAAGUUUGAUCCAGAUCUACUCCCGCCUUCCGGAAAUACCUCAGGAAGAAAAUGCAGCUGAGUCCUGGGAAAGUUUAGAAGGGGACUUGGUUGAGCUCAGCCAGUUGGUGACUGAGUUUUCUCUCUUAGUCUGUUCCCAGCAGGAGAAGAUUGACAGGAUUGAAGAACAUGUCAACAGUGCUGCUGCGAAUGUUGAAGAGGGAACCAAAAACUUGGGGAAGGCUGCAAAAUACAAGCUGGCAGCUCUGCCUGUGGCAGGUGCAGUCAUUGGUGGAGUGGUGGGGGGUCCUAUUGGUCUCCUUGCAGGCUUCAAAGUAGCAGGAAUUGCAGCUGCACUUGGUGGUGGGAUUUUGGGCUUCACAGGUGGAAAAUUGAUACAAAGAAAAAAACAAAAAAUGAUAGAGCAGGUCUCUUCCAGCUGUCCAGAGCUUUCUCACCAAAGUGCCAAAAAAUCCAGCUGAAGUAUAGAUUCAUUAUGGCCAGGAAUAACAGUGUACUGAGCUAAUGACAGACUUGCAGCCUUAUGCUUUACAUACAAGGCUGAGUUGUGUGAAUUUUGAUGACAGUUCUGCUUCUUGGGAGGGCUGAAAAAGUCGUGUCAGAAUUUCUCUUUUCAGAUACGGUGACAUCAGUCCUUUGAAAAUUAUAUGGAUAACUUUUAAUUACAUAAUUCUUAGAUAAGCUAUAUUCACAGCUAUAAUGGUAGAUGACAGGUGCUUCAUGCCAAAUUUGCACAAAGUGUCUUGCAGACAAUGCAAAGAGAUACUUGGAAAAUCCUAGUGCUUUCCCAUGAAUGCCAUGAGAAGCUGGAGCUUUUAUUGUAGUGCUCCAAAGAAAAGGAAAUAAAUGCCAUCAUUCUUUCACACUCAUAGUAUUUUAAAUUUACCUUAAUUUAUCUGGAUUCCCAAACUCUUCCAGUUAUUCCCCAGGAUAUGACUGACUCUGCCUGUUUAAUAAUACACAGGGAAGCACAUGCUGUUGUAAGAAAAGGUGAGAAUGUGAGUGAGCAAAGUGGAAAAAAGUUAUGUAUAUAUCACAUCAGCACUGGAAGCAGCUUCUCCCCUUUCCAGGCAAGGCAGUUAAUUUGUAAACUUCCCACCUGGCUCAAAGUGUAGUUGUGAAUUGAACAGUCUAAGCAGCAACCCUGCAGCACUGCCACUGGAGGGUAAUAAUUUUCCAUAGCUGUUCAGCUCCUUGGCUUGUGCUGAGAACACUCUACAGGAUGAAGAGCCAAGCUCUGGCAUUCUGCACCUGAAGCCUCCCACAUGAAGCAGCACUUACUGCAGGAUGUUGCCUUUGCUUCUCCUGGAGCCCAGAGCGCCCUGCUGGGAGAGCUGAACAGCUUCCCUGGAGGGCAGUGCUGCAGCCAGGCCCGCUCCCUCCACGGGC